AUGACAUUAUGGCAAGCCGUACGGUUAUACCCCAAAGCAAUCAGCUGGUCUAUCUUCCUUUCGACUGCACUUGUCAUGGAAGGUUACGACGUCGUUCUAAUGCAAAGCUUCUAUGCAUUCCCUGCAUUCGCAAAACGUUACGGGCAAAAGACUCCCAGUGGUGAAUACCAAAUCACCGCAGCAUGGCAAUCAGGGUUGUCAAAUGGUGCAAAUGUUGGGGAAAUUCUCGGUUUAUUCAUCAAUGGGAUCGUAUCUAAACAAUAUGGAUAUCGAUUUACCAUGAUCGCGUCACUUACUGCACUAACAUGUUUCAUCUUCAUCCCCUUUUUUGCAUCCAACAUCCAGACACUAGAAGUCGGAGAAAUAUUGAUGGGAAUACCAUGGGGGGUCUUUCAGACACUAACCACGGCAUAUGCAUCGGAAUUUUGCCCAGUUGUGCUUCGAGGUUACUUAACUACCUAUGCUAAUGUCUGUUGGGGUAUCGGUCAAUUGAUAGCCGCUGGGGUAUUAAGAGGAUUACUCAGCCGUUCUGAUCAAUGGGCGUAUCGCAUACCAUUCGCGCUUCAGUGGAUGUGGCCGGUUCCACUAAUUAUUGGAAUCUCUUUUGCUCCAGAGUCUCCAUGGUGGCUGGUUAGGAAAGAUCGAAUUGAUGAUGCACGGAAAGCUUUGCUUCGACUCACAAGCCAACAUUUGGAUAUCUUAAAUUCGGGGUUCGAUGUUGAUCAAACCAUUGCCAUGAUGGUGCAUACCGAUGCUCUCGACCGACGACUCACAAGUGGCACUUCCUAUUGUGAUUGUUUCCGAGGAAUAGAUCUUCGACGAACUGAGAUUGUCUGCGUGACGUGGGCGAUCCAAAACCUAUGUGGUGCAGCUUUCAUGGGGUAUUCAUCCUACUUUUUUCAGCAGGCUGGGUUAUCUGUGUCGUAUUCCUUUGAUACGUCAAUGGCGCUGUACGCCGUUGCAAUAAUCGGUGUCUUUGCAUCGUGGUUUUUUAUGACUCAUUGCGGACGACGAACACUAUAUCUUGGUGGGCUUGUAUCUAUGUUCAUCAUACUAUUGGUGAUCGGUCUCGUUGCUAUUGGCAACACUUCUUCCAAUGGUGCAUGGGUAAUUGGAUCUCUACUACUAGCCUACACGCUGCUUUACGAUAUCACUGUGGGCACCGUGGCAUUCUCCAUCGUAGCAGAGAUUCCUUCUAGUCGCCUCCGAACCAAGACCAUCGUCCUUGGAAGAAAUUCGUACAACAUAAUUGGGAUUAUCAACGGAGUGAUAACUCCAUACAUGCUGAGCCCAUCAGCAUGGAACUGGAAAGGGAAGGCCGGGUUCUUCUGGGCCGGUUCGUGCUUUUUAUGUUUAACUUGGACGUAUUUUCGACUACCGGAACCAAAAGGAAGAACUUUUGAGGAGUUGGAUUUGCGGUUUGAGAAGAAAAUCAGUGCUCGGAAGUUCAGGAAGACUGCCAUCAACCAUGAGCAGUAA